AUGGCAUCAAUAGCAGAACGUGCUCAGGAGAUUUGGCCUGAUCUUCCCAAAACUCCCAUUACGCUGGGCGAUUCCACUCGGGAGCUUUACAACCGGGCUAUCAAUGAACCAACAUCCCUGACUGAUGAAGAACGAAGAAUUAUCACCCGCCGCUCGACAGGCCCUGAAGAAGACCAGCUAUGUCGAGAUGCCUGCGGAAUGACGUUCUCGGAAUUGGCCAGAAAAUGUAUCGACCAGAAAGACAAUGUUCAAUACCAGGAAGCGGAAAUACUCUUGACAGGACCCGCUCCUUUGCAGACUGCACAUGGACUAAACUUCUCAGCACGCCUAGGUGAGGUCGACCGCGAACUAUGGAGAAAUGCAUAUAACGCUGCUUGGAGUGAAGAUAUGAAAACUGCCCGAGCAUUGGCUCGGAAAUUACGAAACCAGUCAAAGCCGAUUACUCUGCAGCAAGAAAAUCCUACAAUUCUGACGAUUGGAGGAACAUUGCAUACGCGAUGA